AUGAGUGCGGACACAGACGUCAAGAGAGCGCCCACAGCGCGAAAAAGCGAGGCAAUCAUCACCCAGAAGCCCCGGACAGACAUUGCAACCCGCGCCGAGAGAGAAAAGGCUCGACGGAUGCGAGAAGCAAACCAAGCCUACGGUCGAGGCAAACAGAUCAACACCAAGCAGAUCAAGGACAAGAAGCUGCGGAGGAAUCUGAAAGAGCUGGAAAACAAGUAUCAGAAUGCGACGCUGAAAGCAAAGGAUGCCGAGAUCUUGUUGGAGAACACGUCUGGAUUCCUCGAGGCCGAAGGAGAGCUGGAACGAACCUACAACGUCAAGCAAGGCGAGAUUGUGGCCAAUGUGGCCAUUGAGACAGCGCAGAAGCGAUUCGAGCUCAAUCUAGACCAGUUGGGACCUUAUGUAUGCGACUACUCAAGAAACGGACGAGAGCUGCUGAUCGGCGGUCGAAAGGGCCAUGUCGCGACAAUGGACUGGCGAGAAGGCAAGCUGGGAUGCGAGAUCCAGUUGGGAGAGACAGUCAGAGACGUAAAAUGGCUGCACAACAACCAAUUCUUUGCAGUGGCACAGAAGAAAUACGUUUACAUCUACGACCGCAAUGGUGUCGAGCUGCAUUGCCUGCGGAAGCACUCCGAGGUCACACAUAUGGAGUUUCUCCCAUACCACUUUCUCUUGGCCACAAUGAACACCGGCGGCGUUCUGAAGUACCAAGAUACCUCAACCGGCCAAGUCGUCGCCGAGAUCCCAUCCCGCCUCGGCCCUCCCACCGCAUUCACCCACAACCCCUACAACGCCAUCAUCCACGCCGGCCACCAGAACGGCACGGUCACCCUAUGGUCGCCAAACUCAGCCGAGCCAGUCGUCAAGCUACUAGCACACCGAGGCCCCGUGCGCUCCGUCGCCGUCGACCGAGAAGGCCGCUACAUGGUCUCCGCCGGCCAAGACGCGCGCAUGGCAGUCUGGGACAUUCGAAUGUUCAAGGAAGUCAACACCUACUCGACAUACACACCAGCGUCCUCCGUCGCCAUCUCAGACACGGGCCUCACGGCCGUCGGCUGGGGCACCUCAACGACCAUCUGGAAGGGCCUCUUCAACAAGAACGCCGCCGAGCAGGAGCGCGCGCGGCACCCGUACAUGAAAUGGGGCCGCGAGGGCAAGGCCGUCGAGCGCGUCCGCUGGUGCCCCUUUGAAGACGUCCUCGGCAUCAGCCACGACAAGGGCUUCUCGUCCGUCAUCGUCCCCGGCGCCGGCGAGGCCAACUUUGACGCCUUCGAGGCCAACCCCUUCGAGACCGCCAAGCAGCGCCAGGAGACCGAGGUCAAGGGCCUGCUCAACAAGCUCUCGCCCGAGAUGAUUGCCCUCGACCCAAACUUCAUCGGCAACAUCGACCUGCGGUCCGACGCCCAGCGCAAGGCCGAGAAGGACCUCGACGCCAAGCCCGUCGACGUCGCGGAGGAGAUUCGCAACCGAGCCAGGGGAAAGAAUGGCGCGCUCAAGAAGUAUCUGCGCAAGCAGCGCAAGAGGAACGUUAUCGACGAGAAGAGGCUGCGGGUGGACGAGCUGUGGAAGGAACAGCAGAAGAAGAAGGACAAGAAGCGCAAGGAGGUGGAGGAGGACUUGGGACCGGCCUUGUCACGGUUUGCCAAGAAGGAGUAA